AAUGCUUAAACUCAUCUGCUGUGUGAUCCCUCUAAAAAUCGCCCCACCAGUCAGCUCCUUGUAACGUGCGAGGCUGCAUUCACUCCCCUACUCUCGGCUCGUCUCCCUCUCCGCCUGCGCAAUGUAUUAAUGAAGAGCCCGUAAAGUGUUAAAUGUUUGAAAUACAAAACCGCCGAAUUUCACAUGCUGAAAAAGGACUCCGCUACUCGUGCGCGCGGCACUGGUGUGUCUGUGCAAUAGACUGCAAAGAAAAACUACUCUCAUACGCCUGCAAGUCCGCCGCUGCAAAAAGGACGCUGAAAAUAUAUUUUUCAGUUUCAAGACAAACGCUUAAAAAUCAAACUGGCUCACGUUCUUCCAAACCAGCCCAGUUUGACAGCUGCUCUUCACCCCACUUGGAGGACUGUCAGCAGCAGCAAGAGGAUGGCAUCAGAGCUGGCAAUGAGCAACUCCGACCUGCCCACCAGUCCCCUGGCCAUGGAAUAUGUUAAUGACUUCGAUCUGAUGAAGUUUGAAGUGAAAAAGGAGCCGGUGGAGCCCGAUCGCAACAUCAGCCAGUGCAGUCGCCUUAUCGCCGGGGGAUCCUUGUCUUCCACCCCGAUGAGCACGCCGUGCAGCUCGGUGCCCCCUUCCCCAAGCUUCUCGGCGCCCAGUCCGGGCUCGGGGAGCGAACAGAAGGCACACAUAGAGGAUUUCUACUGGAUGUCCGGUUAUCAACAGCAGUUGAAUCCAGAGGCGCUGGGCUUCAGCCCCGAAGACGCAGUCGAGGCGCUGAUCAACAGCAGUCACCAGCUCCAGUCUUUCGAUGGCUAUGCCAGGGGCCAGCAGUUUGCUGGCGCAGCCGGAGCAGGAGGCACCAUGGCCGGGGAAGAGAUGGGGUCCGCCGCAGCGGUGGUUUCGGCAGUUAUCGCUGCUGCAGCGGCUCAGAAUGGGGGACAACACCACCACCACCAUCACCACCACAGCAACCAUCACCAAGCACCUGGCUCACAGUCCAACGGCACUUCUGGGACAAUUCACCCACACAUGCGCUUGGAUGACCGGUUUUCAGACGACCAGCUGGUCACCAUGUCAGUGCGCGAGCUCAACCGGCAGCUACGGGGGGUCAGCAAGGAAGAAGUGAUCAGAUUGAAACAGAAGAGGAGGACCCUAAAGAACAGAGGCUACGCACAGUCCUGCCGGUACAAGCGGGUCCAGCAGCGGCACGUCCUGGAGGGGGAGAAGACGCAUCUCAUCCAGCAGGUCGAUCACCUAAAGCAGGAGAUCUCCAGGCUGGUCCGGGAGAGGGACGCGUACAAAGAAAAGUAUGAGAAGCUCAUCAGCAACGGCUUCAGAGAAAAUGGAUCCAGCAGCGACAACAACCCUUCAUCCCCAGAAUUUUUCAUGUCAUCGAGAAAAUUCCUCCAUCUGUGAUUUCAAGCCCCUAUCCCCGUGCCCUUGGCUCUCUGAGAUAACCGAAAUGACUAAGCAGCGAUGACUUCAGAGUGGGUGACCAAUCGCACGAAGACCCCUACAAAGCACAACAUUCAAAAAUGACUUCACUGAAGACAAAAGACAAGACCUGCUAAAAUUCCCUCGAAAUUCCUACACUGAAAUUCUUGAAAGCCUCUUACAACUCCUGAGUCCCUUCCUAAUAUUUUACCUCCAGCUUUUUUCUAAAAAAACACAAAAAAACAACAAAAAGCCCAGAGAGACUUAUGCGACGGUUGACAAUGUCAGGUCAAUACAUUGGAAGGACUAUUUUCUCUUUGGCGGGAAGAGCAUUGAUGCAUGCCUCUGUAAAUAGAUCAUAAUAAAAUCCUAUUGUUAUUCCUAAGAUAGGAAACAUACCAAGCCACUCUCACCAACUUCUUAAACCUUCAUGACUGUGGAUAGAGUACUCAUGGUUCAAUAUUUUCCUUAUAGAGUCAGUAUUCUUCUUACCUCGUCAGAGACCAUGCAUUUAUCAUUUUGAACAUAAUGUAUCGACUCUUGUGAGUUAUCUGGACUGUAAAAAUGGUACUUCUUAUUCUUCUUAUUCUCCUUACAUAACUAGUCUUCCUCUCCAUUAUCCACACUAGUACAUGUAAAUAGAGAUAGAUGAAGACAACAGCAUGGAACAGACUAUAGUGUAUAUUUACCAUUACCCUAGUACUUCAGAAAUAUCAGUAUGUGGAUAUUUCAGACAAGCUUUUUAAAAAGGUAAAAAUACUUAAACUUGUUUUCUGAUAGUUUAAGAGGAAGUACCAGGUAUCUGGACACCUUCCAGUGUAUUUAAAUAUACACAAAAACACAAUAGCUUUAGGUAAUAUUAUUUGAAUAUCUUAUUAGGAUUAUAAGACAGCAGUUUCUUUAUCAUCCAUCAGAUCUAUCAGGAAACAAACAGUCAAACUGAAGAAAAAGGCAAUUGAAAACAAGUCUACUUUGGCACAAGUUAAUGUUUGUAUUUUAUAAUGUUAUUUUAUUGUAUUAUUUAAACUCCCCCCAUGUACCUACUUACUUAUUAUUUUCCAUCUCAAUAAUUGACUGUAUGUGGGUGGUAACUGCUGUUGGGAAACUGCCGACAGCCUAAGAGCCACUUUUUUUUUUUGCGUUGUUUCAAACAGUGGUCCAAUCUCGAGCCUCCUACGAGGAAAAUAAAGCCUCACUGUUUGGAUGGUAGACAUGAGAACUCUGAUCUAUGUCUUCUAUGGACUACAACGAUUAACCAAAUGAACUGAAAGAAAGAAAUGCCAAGCCAAUGAAGAGACAACCUCGAAGGUGACUCCGUCGCUGAUGAAGACUAAAAACCUUUGCAUGGACAACAGGGAAAUUACUAGGUUGUUGAACACCUCAUAUCCACCAUUGUGCAUCCUCUACCUCUCAGUAAUUUUUUGCUCCUAGGAAAUCAACUGAUCAGUGACCCCCCCCAUUGUCCCCACAGUUUUCUUCUCCUCUACAUGUCCCCAAAGGCUUCUGAUGAAAGUGUCCAUUCAUCUGAUGGACACGAGUAGCAAUCUGGGAAAAACAAAAGACACUAGUUCACUUUGCCACAAACACACUCACACAUAUGAGCGCAUGCAUACAGAUGCACAAUCAUACACUGCACCACUCAAGUAUUUUUGCUGUAUAUAUGUACAGUAUAUCCACUAUGUACUGUAUAGUCUCUGAUGCUGUUCUUUGCAUGUUGACUUGUAGAUGGAUUGUUAUUCCUAGAAGAGGUUGUGCAGAUAGGCCUAGUCACUGGAUUAUAUUCUCUUACUUUGAUUUGAGUAAAACAAUAGCAACAUGACAGACAUUGGUUUUACCACCCCCGGUCCUGUUGUAAAUGGUCCUUUUCAGCUAAACAGAAUUGCUGAUAGAUUUCAAACUCUUUGAAGGAACCUCACCUUUGAUGUGAGACAGAACCUUGCUACUGUGAAAGAGGGUAGGAAAAGAGGAGGGAAGGCCAACUGGGGCGGUCCAAUUAAGUGGCAGCACACAAAGUGGCACGGGGCAUCGUGCCAGCAACUGUCUAUUCAUCCUAUGUCAAAGGGAUUUGCACAUCGCAAUGAGUCUACGUACUGCCAGAGAAGUCCGAGUUCAGAGCAGAGAAAGGAAGAGAGACUUUGGAGAAAGUGUAGGCGAAAAUAAACUUUUCUGACCAAAAUGUGAGGUUGUACUGAGCUCGUGUUGAAGUACUUCCCUGGUCUGUCCACCUAAAGAAUAUUCUUCUUUGAGAGUUCAAUAACCCCUUAACCUCAAAGUGUUACUCCGCUAUGCAGCUCUCUGGGUUGGCAUGACCUCACGUCCUGUCUGAGGUUAACUCUGUGUUAAUGAGCAUGGCCAUCAGCUCAACCAGAUGUUUCGCCCUGUGGUUGAAUACUUCUAUCCCAGUGGUUCUUCAAUGCCUGCGCACAACAGCUGUACUCUUUCAUGGACACAGCUCCACCAACAACUUCAUGUGCGAAACUCUGUCUAACAGGUUUUCAGUGAAUCAAAUCAAACUGAUUAAAAUCCAUUCAAUGCACACUAAAUUGUCGUUUCAGCAAAAUACAGGUGCCGUUUAUAUGAGGGAAUCUUAAUUCAAAUACUGUCAAAGUACACUGAAUCACAUAAGGGUAUUUACAGUCAACAUGUAAACAAACUUGAAAUUAGGACUUAUGACUUAGCAGUGAUUAGUUAAAGAAGAUUUAAAAUACAGGAAGGAUGAAGAUGUCACUCAAACACGUGACGUUGUAUGUGGUAGGAAACGAGACAUUGAGCAAGUGCUGAUCUUCUCUGAGCCUCAAGGAUUUUUACUUUCUGAGAAAUCAAACAAAUCUGCAUUUCUGCGCAGAUGCAUGCAAUGUAUGACAGGCUGAUUUGCUUUUCUCUGCUUUUGAAUACAAAUACUGCUUUGUUCUGUCCUGAUAAUCAGGCAGCAUGUCACAUCUAUCUGACAAUGACCAGGGUCAGCACAUGUACAUAAACAUGAAGAGAUGUGUGUUCACUGGCCUUGCCUUUUCUCUCACACACACACACAAACACAACAGACACACAUACUCACGGACUCACAGUCACACCAUACUAAUCUAAACAGCAAGGCUGUAUGUAAACAGAUCGUGGACAUAAUGGGAUUGUUCAGUGUGCAAACAAUAAGCUGUUAGCGUAAUCACAGGUCAAAGAUAUAUUACCCAGAGGGCCACGCUGUAGGUAUAUUAACAUGAUGGAUAUGUGAAAGAGAGGAGGGGGCAGGGACACGACAGAUAUAAAGCGCUAACGCCUGAGAUAUACCCCCUAUUGGGCCCCAUCCGCUUCCUUUCCCUCCUCUACCUCCUUCGUAAGGGCCCCCAGUUAAUCAGCCUUGCUAAUUCUCUUCUUGGUCCUUCCCCAAUUCAUCCACCUCCUUCUAAGACCCUAACUUUCUAUCUUUAUUUUUGAUUUCUGCUACAAUACCUCCACCCUUUCAUUUUCUACUUUCAUUCUGUCCAUCCUCUUUUUCUGCACCAAAGCCUUGAUUUUGGAUUAAAGAAAAGAGGGUCUGAGUGAGUGAAUGUGGUUGGAUGAGAGAGAAAUAUACAAUUUUGUGGCAAGUUAUAGUUAUAGAACAAUGGGACAAAUAGAAUAGCAGCUUCAUAUUUGUUAGAGAUGAAUCUAUAAAAGCAUUAUCUGCACUGCUGAAAGUAACAUGUGUGUGUGCCUCAAGGAGUAUGCAGGUGCCAUGUCAGCCAAGAUAAAUCCUGCGUAGCUUACUCCAUUGCACAUACAGCUUAUUAACUUAUCUCCGCUUUAUUUGAUUACCAUCUAGCCCAUUCUCUCAACUGGUUAAUAAGUCUAUGUACUCCUGACUAAACACUCCAUUAGUGUCAUCACUGGAUAGCUUGUGUGUGCGUACUGCAAAUGUAUGUGGACCACUGAGAGAGACACACAUUAGAGACAAGUAACAGAGUAAAUAAAGAGGUGGAGGUACACUGGGGAGAAAAACAACCUACCUGUAAGACAAAAGGAGCAGAAGUGGCUAGUCUGAUGAUGACAAUCAAGACCCUCUGCCUCACUGAUGUGUGUCUUAAUAUGUGGUUAAGGGAUUGUGUAUGGACAACCAAUAUAAAAUACAAUAAUUAAAAGCUCAAAAAGAUUAACUUCACAUUGCAAAAUAGAGUUUGAAGGAGCUGUUUAAAAAGACUUGUUCAUUUCUUCACUCACACAAUGUAAAGCGUCUUCCAGUUUGAGCACUUCUACGGCUGGUAUGGACAUGAAACUCUCCUCCUUUGAUAAAAAAAAUAGAAGCCAAUGUACAUACAAUCUUAAAGGGAGAUGUUAACCUUGACCAUGUGCCUUUCAGCAAAUGACAUCCAAUCCCCAAGCCUAGAAUUCUGCCACAUACACUGCUAAGAGGAAAACAACUUCAGUUGGCAGUAUUGCAAAAACUGAAAUUACAAUAUACUGCUGGAAAAAACUCAAACCCUUGAUUAGUAAGAAUCUGGAUAUGGUAAAAAGGGAAAUUCCAACCAGAAGCUCCUCUUUCUUACCAGCUCUAUUGUGUAAAAACACAUAUGCACACACAAAUCCAUGCUCACUCUGUCACACACAUGCCCCCACACACAGACCCACAGACACACUCCUGUCACUAUGUAUGUCUGUGUCUGGUGGGGUGUCAUGAUUAACAGUGACCUCAAGACAGACAUGGUUGGGGUACUUGGAAUGGGGUCAAAGGGGAUUACAGUGAGGCAACCAGUGUCAACUGCUCUGCUUUAAUCCUGAACUCUUGAAAAAUGAUUCACUUGAAUGAGCUUGACAUAUCGUGUGUACAUCCUGACAUUACUCACAGAAUUAUUGACUUGUUUGGGUAUUUUGAUACAAAAAAAAAACCUUUUUGAAAUUUAGCAUUUAAUGCAGCAUGGAUUUGGAUGUCAGAGAAAGAGUGGAUGAGGGUUGUUCUAAUAGCCAGACAGCAGCAAAGACGGAGCAGACCUCCUUAUGUCACAAAGCUAAUGACAGGGAUGAAUAAUACAGUCCUUAAAGCCCUAACUCCCACCUCAUUGUGGCCCACACAUAAGCUUGUGCUCUGGGUGAGCAGUUAGCCAUCAAGCCCCUCACUGAGAUGAGAUGGGCUCCCAAGAAGAUUUGUAGGGGGUUUGGAGAGAAUCGGAUUAACCAAAAUGCCUCAAUUGGAGUAUAUGCUCUGGGCUGGCCUCAGUGUAAUACCAUUUAUAAAUGCUUUAAACCAAAUCUUAAGCAUCUGAUCAAGUAAUGGAGGAAAACCCAUCCUUUUAGCAACAAUUAGCUGUAGUGAAAUAGCUCAAAAAUUCACUCAAACGGGUUCGUGUGAGUAUAAAAAAAAAAAAAAAACAACAACACAUUUGUCAUAAGCAAUAGGGACUUUUACAAAUAUCUAGUUGCCACUUUGGAAAUAAAUAAACAGGGAAAUAAUAUAUCGCCAGAAGCUGUGGACAGGUGGCAUUUCAGCCUGUGCACCGUUUAGCUGUGCAGUCUGGUUUCUGACAGCUUGAUUUAGUCUCCUGCACCUGAGCCAAAAAAGAACGAAAAUUAACGGCAGCAAAAACAACUUAACUAGAUUCCCAUUUAUCUGCUUUGAAAAUACAAUGGAUGAAGAUAAUGUGAGAGGAAAACACAGUGGACUUCCUGAUAGCUGUACCAGGCUUAUUGUGAUUGUGCAAAGACUUAGUGCAUACUUAUGGAGGGUCAGGUACAAAGGGAAGAAAGAAAGACCAUAGCAUUGAUUUGAUUUAAGCUUACCGAGCCAUCUGAGCCUGGUUAUGCUUUGGGGGGACAUUAGGGUUUGUCUUUGGGGUGUAAAAUGGAGAUUAAAGUGGCUCAAGGGGAGAUGCUAGGAUGCAUGCUGUCCCCCCUGCUGUGAACAGGGUGUAAUCCUUCAGUUUCAGAGAAGUGAAAAGUUUGCAGAGUCCAGAAAGUUACACAUACAUCCCUUCUGGGCCCCCUACAGAGCAGAGAGUGUGAGACAGCAGGGGAUAACCAUAUGCUAUCAAAGUGUUCUUCAAAGCUCCUGUCUUUUGCCCACUAAAUUAUACAGUAUCAUCACAUAUACCUGACAAAAAUAGUACAACAAUAAUAACACAGCUCAACGCACUAACAGAAAAGAAGCAAUGCAUUCUUUAUAAAAAUGUUUUAAGAUGUGUUGGCUUUGAACUCUAAAUGUGCAUUUUAAAAAUGUAUCUCCUUGGAUCAAUUUAAUGAAACUUUGUUCAAAAUAAAGCCAUGUCCCAACUGUGGGGGCCAGCUCAUGAUUUUGUGUUUACACACUUUUAAAAUACUGUGGACAAAAAAUAAUAAUUAUGAUUCCUAUUACAAAUAACGCCUUCUCCGUGACCAGAGGUUUAUCAUGCUAGCCCCUCAUUUCAAUUGUACUGUAGUAAAUGUCCACAUUAUUUCCCGCAAGGGCCUGGAUGAGGGGUUUGAUCACCAAGGUAGGCCUUGGUUGGCUCUGUUAUUGUCAGAGGGAUCGUAACCUCCAGUAACGGCUUCUGGGGUCUUAUUGCUAUGGCGAUCAGCCCCUUGCUACUUGGCCUCUGUGACCCCAGUCAGAGAUAAGCUUUAUGGGAAAGCACAUUAACAUGCUCCUGCGGUCACCUCCCCCUUUAUCAGCGGCAGUUUUGUGAAAUCAAGUGUUUAUGGACCCCCAGUGAGGGUAUAGUGCUGCUGAUUGCCUUUAUUAGAGGUUGAGUGUAAAUGAGCUGGAUGUGGACAAAGGACCUGUAGUACAGGGGAAAAUUGAGGUUGCAAUAAUGAUGUUAAUCUCAAUAAAUGAGCAAUAUCUUUAAUGAGUUCAACAUAAAAAAAAAAACUGUCUGAGGUCUAAAUAUAUCCAUGUCUUCCAUUCUUUCUACAAAAACCAACACAAAUGUAACAGAUCUCAAAUAUGCAGAUAUUAUGUAGCAUUUUAUAUUGGGAGGUUUUUUUAAGCUCUGUUAGCCCUACUGUGUAAGUUAAAUAAAUGUCUUCCUCUUUGUGUUACACUGAUCCUGUUUACUAAGUUGUCCAAUGGUUUAAUUGUGUUUGUUUUUUUUCUUGCAAAUGUGUUAUGUUGAUAUGGACAUUUUCUUUGGCUAUGAAUGACACUACGAUAAAAAUAUACAUAAAAAUACUGAGGUGUCAGUAGUGUGCGCCUGCUUACAGCCUGAUCACUAGUGAAAGAUCCUUUCAGUAUGUCUGUAAUGAUGGAUGGUGAUAGCCCUGUGUCUUUGUACACAUCAGGGGGCCCUACUGUUGUCAGUGGACAGAUAGAGGGAGCGAGAAAGAGAGAGAUGUAGCCGCAGCUUAAUGUCCUUCUCUGGUGCUGUGCAUGCUCUUUCCUAUUUGCUUUUCCCUUCACGGGACGGUUAACAUCGUAAAUUAACCUUUCCAAGCCCCCUGUGCUCAGAGACUAGUGCGCAAUAUAGACAAAAGAAAAAAAAUAAUCUGUGUUAUGCAAUGCACAGUAGCACUGGUCAGAAACAUAGCCUGUUACAGAAUUGAGCUGUUCUUUUUUCUGUGGCACAGAAUAAAACAACACACUUUGUUCAGUCAAGCAAACAUUCUAUUUUAUGUGCAUGUCCUGUGUACUCUGCAAAUCAGUAUGAGGCUGCUUUUUGUUCUCCAUCCAAGAAAUGUAAAUGACUCACAUGAAAGAAAUGUAUUGUAGGCCCUUUUCUUCUUAGUCUGUAAAUAGGAUGUAUAUAACAAACAGCUAUGCAUGCUAAUAUACAAGCAAUUUGUUCAGGUACUUUUGUAAUCCAGACUUCUCAUAUGGCAUGUAAUGAUGAAAAAAAUCAAACAUGGAAAAACAUAACAAAUUGUGAACACGGAUAUGGUUUGUAAACAACUGGAAAAUAUUUGUCUUUGCUGUUAAUGUUUUCUUACUGAUAACUAAUGCAUUGGCCUGCCAUUUACUACAGUGCUCUGCUUAUGUUACUUGUUUUUUUAUGUUUCAUAAAGGUAGGGCUGAGGCAAAGAGGACCAUAAAUCCCUGAUUUGUGGAAUAGUCUGGUUGCGUAAUAAGCGAUGAGGGAAAGGAUGGCCGUCGGACCAUUCUCUUUGUAGUUUUUUCAUUGCCAUUGCACGUUCACAUGCAUACACUUGAUGAUUAAUUACACAUCCUUAGUGUCUAACACAACCAAUAAAAUGCCAUGGCAAAAAUGUUGCUUAAAAGCAGUAGAAAAUGGGCUGACAUUUCAGUAACCUCACCAAAAAGACGUAUCACCAGCUUUAAAGUAUGCCAUUAUUUCAAAUUGGCAUACAUUUGUUUCUAAUAAAUAAUGCAAAGCCAUUAAACAAACUGGUACAACAUGAAAUUGACUCAUUCCAAAUUCUCUAAGUCAUGAUAUGAAAGGGAUAGACAAAACCUUUUUUUUUUUCUUCCUAUUUAUAAAACCACGUGUCAAGUCAAAAUGAUUAUGCCAAAUUUGCCUCUGCCCUAGCAACUCUAAUGUGGCAUUUAUUAAGAUAUUAAUGGAGAAAGUGAGGAGAAAUCUGUUGGUUUCUGAGAGUGUUUAUUUUCAACCAUGCUAAAACCAUGUCAAAUCCCGAGGCGCUCAUGGUAGAUGGAAGUGUCUAAUUUUUAAC